UGGCUGGUCAUGGAGUACAUGGACGGAGGCACUCUGAGCGAUGUCAUCAGCGAGACCCACCUGUCUGAAGACGAGAUGGCAGCCAUCAGUCGGGAGUGCCUGCAAGGCCUGGAUUUUCUUCACUCGAACCAUGUGAUCCACCGAGAUGUGAAGAGCAGCAACAUCCUUCUCAGAACCGAUGGCUCUGUCAAGCUGGCUGACUCUGGCCUCUUUGCUCAGCUCACCCCUGAGCAGAGUCGACGGAGCUCAGUGGCCAGCACUUCUGGGUGGAUGGCGCCUGAAGUGGUGACAGGUCAACCAUGUGGCCCCAAAGUGGACAUAUGGUCUUUUGGAAUCAUGGGCAUCGAAAUGGUGGAACGAGAAGUUCCUUACUGGAAUGAAACUCCUGUUUCGCCUCAACUCCUGAUAGACAUACGAGGGACACCAAAGCUGCAGCAGCCCAACCGAUUCUCGCCUUGCCUGCGUGACUUCCUGAGCUGCUGCCUGCUGAGAAACGAGGCACAGCGCUGGUCUGCCAAGGAGCUCCUGCAGCAUCCAUUUGUAACACUUGCUGAGCCUGCGUCCUGCCUGGUGCCACUGAUUGUUUCAGUGAAGAAGAGGAAGGAGACAAGAAUGUGA